GUUGUUCGGCCGAAGAACGGCUUCGUGGUAAAUGUUGGAGAGAUGAUGAGCCGAUGGUCGAACGGACGCAUGAAGCACGUGGUGCACCGUGUGCCCAAUCCUUCUCCUGGCCGUGAUCGUCUCGGUCGCAUUUCUCUCAUGGCUUUCGUUCUGCCGGAUUAUGACGCGGUGGUGGAGUGCAUUCACUGCCCAAAAGAUGGGUCCGAGCCUCUGUACGAGAAGACCUGGGUCGGGGAGAUGAUGAACUGGGGCUCCAAGCUCCCGAUUUACAACCAGACGAAAAUGGAGCUGAUGCGAAAAGCACAAGGUUUGUACACGAACCUGGGGAUCCAGACAAAGCUGGGUGACCCAACAGAUGUCAAGGCCCUAGAGGCAAGUAUGGCGAGGGAAGCGCACCCCGAGGCGAAGGCGAUUCAAGUUGUGGACGUAGCUCUUCUUGUGAACGGCAGCGCUGCAGAGCAGCUGCAAAAGGCCAAGGAGCUUUCAGCCGCCUUCGAGUCCACCGGCUUUGCUGUGAUCACAGGGCAUGGCGUGCCCGAGAAAGUCGUCAAUGACAUCCGCUCAAACGCGUACAAGUUCUUCCGCCAGCCGGUUGGUGAAAAGAGGAAGUACGACAAGGGGAAAGGCUACGGUUUCGGCGGUUACGUGAAGCAACAGGAGAAUGGGGCUCAGCUUUUGGGCGAUUUCUCCAGGCCGAACGACGCGGUUGAAUCCCUAACUGCCGGCUUGGCGGGCCUCGCCGGUGGCGUUGAAGCGCUUCAGAUGGAAAAGGUGCGCAAGGAAGACUCGGAAACCUCGAGAGUUUGCCACGUGAAGGAUCUCAGCGGCUGCGAGAUGGAGGAGGGCACGCCGGAGGUGGUUUCCAGGCCUGCGACCGAGUUCCUCCGCGGUUGCGAGAGAGUGUCCCGGUUGGUGGCGACAGCGCUGAAGCUGUCGCUGGAUGCCACGGAAGAGGAGGUGGACAUGGUGAUGACACCCUCUGGUGGUGGCCUGCGCCUUGCGUACUACCCGUCCGUGCACCCGGAGGCCGCUGCAGACGAUCUGAUGGGCUACGGCUCGCAUAUCGACUCCGGGGGCGUCACCGUCAUCGCUUUGGAUCCCGCCAACAAGCGGGGGCUUCAGGUGGACGUGAGUGAUCGCGUCGGUAGCACCGGGAAGGAAGAGGAUCGGACCUGGGUCGAUGUGCCGUUUGUUCCGAACGCCUUCGUGCUCAACGUCGGUGCGCUGCUGUCGCGCUGGACAGGCGGCCGCUGGAAGGCUUCAGUCCACAGAGUCCUGGCAAAUCGAAACCCGCAUCACGAGCGCCUCUCCAUCAUAACUGGUGCUUUGUCACCCAAGAUCGACGCCCCGCCCUUCGCGGGCUUCGCCGCCACGAAGCCCACGCUUCCGCCCGUGCCGGCGCGAGAGUUUCUGACCACCAGGGUGGACCUUCAUCGGCCGGAGUACCGCGACGAGCGCGGCCUGAAUUCACCGGAGGCUCUGGCAGCGGAGAGCGAGAAAAUCCGCGAGCUUCAAAUUUGA